AUGUUGACUUCUUUGAAAGAUGAUGAAGUGCAGCAAGAGGACUCAUGGGCCUUAAUAGGUACAUAUUUCCGAGAUAGGGGUUUAGUAAGUCAGCAACUAGAGAGCUUUAACGAUUUUAUAAUGUAUAAAUUGCAGGAAAUUGUAGAUGAACAUCCUCCAAUUGUAAUUAUUCCACAGCCUCAAUACCGUCCAGAUGAGCAGAUAGAUACAAGUAUUCAGUAUGUAUUAAAGUUUGGUCAGUUAUCUUUGAGUAGACCUUCUGUGGAAGAACGUGAAGGAGUAGCGAGAGGUUUAUGGCCAAGUGAAGCUAGGCUAAGAAGCUUAACAUAUGCAAGUCCAGUGUUUGUUGAUGCAGAGCAGAAGAUAUAUCGUAUGCAUGAAGAUGGUACACAGACAUUACUUCAUGAAACAACAUAUUCGCGUCUUCCACUUGCUAAGAUUCCAAUAAUGUUGCGUUCAGAAUAUUGCUGGACGCAUAAUAUUAGUGAACGUGAGCUUCAGAGUGCAGGGGAGUGUAUAUAUGAUCAGGGAGGUUACUUUAUAAUAAAUGGAAUGGAAAAAGUACUGAUUGGGCAAGAAAGAAUGGCAAAUAAUUUUGUGUACUUAUUUCAAAAGAAACAGCCCUCUAAAUAUACUUGGAUUGCAGAGGUCAGAAGUAAUAGGGAAGGAAUGCAAGCAACAUCAGGUUUUUCAGUAAAGCUUAGAGGGGGAUCUCAAGGUCAGGUAGUAGCAACUUUACCUUAUAUACGCACAGAUAUUCCUAUUGCAAUCCUCUUUAGAGCAUUGGGGGUUUUAUCUGAUAAGGAUAUUUUGCUAAGGUGUGUUUACGAUUUUAGUGACUCGCAGAUGUUAGCUAUUUUACGUCCAUCUUUGGAAGAAACAUUUGAAUUUUCAAGCCAGGAAGUAUGUUUAGAUUUUAUUGGGAAGCGUGGACCUACUGUUGGUGCAAUUCGUGAGAAGAGGAUUCAAUAUGCACGAGAAUUGUUAGAGAGGGAGGUGUUACCUCAUGUUGGUGUAACUAUAGGAUGUGAAUUUCGUAAAGCUUACUUUAUAGGUUAUAUGGUCCAUAGAUUAUGUAUGGGAGCAUUGGGAAGAGUUCCUGAAGAUGACAGAGAUCAUUUUGGUAAAAAAAGGCUGGAUUUAGCAGGACCCCUUGUAGCAGCUUCAUUUGGUCAGUCUUUUAGGAAGAUGAUGAAGGAUAUGAGACGCCUCUUACAACGAAAUAUUGACAAUGGUAAAGAAUUUGAUGUAGCUGGGGUAAUUAGAUCAGCUUCUUAUAUUACACAAACUUUACAAUAUCAAUUUGCUACGGGUAAUUGGGGUAAAGAUCGUGAUGGUAAAAUAGUUCGAACUGGUGUUGCUCAGGUACUGAGUCGCCUUACUUUUGCAUCAGCUUUAUCUUAUCUGAGGCGAUUGAAUACACCUUUGGGCCGUGAAGGAACAUUAGCUAAGCCUAGGCAGCUUCAUAAUACCCAUUGGGGAAUGAUUUGUCCAGCUGAGACUCCAGAAGGUCAUGCUGUAGGUUUAGUAAAGAACUUGGCUUUAAUGUGUGAAAUCUCUGUUGGUUAUCGUCCAUUUGCAAUUAGAACUUUCUUAGAUGAAUGGGGAAUGGACUCAAUAGAUGAAGUUCCACCCGAGGAUAUUAAGGACAAAAUAAAAGUCUUCUUGAAUGGUAAUUGGGUUGGCUGUUUUGACGAUUCUGAGGACUCUAUAACCAACUUACGCAUGAUUAGAAGGAGUGGAGAAAUUCCUUAUGAGACUUCUAUUGUUUUAGAUGUUGUAAAUCGUGAGGUAAAGCUAUUUACAGAUGCAGGAAGAUCUAUGAGACCUCUAUACAUUGUAGGUGAGGAUGGAGAACUAAAAAUUCGUAAGUCUCAUAUAGCAACACUUUUGGGAAUUAAGAUGCCAGAAAAUAACUCUAAUGAAGAUAUGAAAAUUUUAUCUGAAGUUGACUUACCUGAAGGUGGAAUUUCAAGAGAUUCUGAUUUUACUUGGGAUGAUCUAAUCAAAUCGGGGAUAAUAGAGUAUAUUGAUUGCGAAGAGGAGGAAACUGCAAUGAUUGCCAUGUUUAUGAAUGAUCUACGCGAUGCUCGUGGCUACUGUAGUACAUACACACAUUGUGAAAUUCAUCCAUCCUUAAUUUUGGGAAUUUGUGCAAGUAUCAUUCCAUUUCCAGAUCAUAAUCAGAGCCCUAGGAAUGUUUAUCAAAGUGCUAUGGGUAAACAAGCAAUGGGGGUAUAUACUAGCAACUACAAUGUGAGGAUGGAUACAUUAGGUUAUGUUUUAUACUAUCCUCAAAAACCUUUAGUUACAACUAGAGCCAUGACAUAUAUGAGAUUCAGAGAGCUUCCUGCAGGUAUUAACUGUAUAGUAGGUAUUAUGUGUUAUUCAGGUUACAAUCAAGAAGAUAGUUUGAUUAUGAAUCAAUCAUCUAUUGAUAGAGGACUAUUCCGCUCAGUUUUUUUUAGGACUUAUGUCUCAGAGGAGAAACAAAUAGGGAGUAAUCUGAUUGAGGCAUUUGAGCUGCCUAAUCCAGAUGAAGUGAGCGGACUUCGUUUUGGGAAUUAUGGAAACCUUGAUCGUGAUGGACUUAUUGAACCUGGGAAUCGAGUUUUAGGUGAUGACAUUAUUAUAGGAAAGUUUGGACCUAUUCCACCAGAAGAACGAGAUAACCGAAUUGAACGCCUUACAAAACGCGAUUGCUCUAUUGGAUUGAGAAGCUCAGAACAUGGGGUUGUAGAUGAGGUUCUUUUAAGUACCAAUAGCAAAGGAGUCAAAUUUACAAAAGUUAAAGUUAGAACAAUUCGGGUACCUCAUAUUGGUGAUAAAUUCGCUUCAAGACAUGGUCAGAAAGGUACAAUUGGGAUUACAUAUAGAAUGGAAGAUAUGCCAUUUACUCAAGAUGGAAUAGUACCAGAUAUCAUUAUGAAUCCUCAUGCUAUUCCUUCAAGAAUGACUAUUGGGCAUCUUAUUGAAUGUAUACUCGGCAAGACUUGUGCUAUUGAAGGCAUGGAAGGUGAUGCUACACCUUUCACAAAAGUCACUGUUGAAGAAAUAUCAAAUAGGUUACAUGCUGCUGGUUUUCAAAGAAAUGGAAAUGAAGUUAUGUAUAAUGGGCAUACUGGAAGACAAUUAGAAUCUCGAAUUUUUAUAGGCCCAACCUAUUAUCAACGCUUAAAACACAUGGUUGAUGAUAAGAUUCAUGCUAGGGCAAAGGGGGCUAUUACGAUGUUGACAAGACAACCUAGAGAAGGUAGAUCUAGAGAAGGAGGCCUUCGUUUUGGUGAGAUGGAGCGUGACUGCAUGAUCUCACAUGGAGCUGCAAAGAUGCUUAAAGAGCGACUUUUUGAUCAGUGUGAUGCAUACAGGGUUCAUGUAUGUGAACUUUGUGGCCUUAUUUGUACUGCUGACCUAGGAAAACAGCAUUAUGAGUGCAAAGUAUGCAGUAACAAAUCUCAAAUUAGUCAAGUUUGUCUUCCUUACGCUUGUAAAUUGCUUUUACAGGAGUUAAUGGCAAUGUCUAUAUAUCCUAGGUUACAGCUGCAAACUGCUUAA